AUGUCGCCCGCCAUCGCGGCCAAGGAGGGCGGCCGGCAGCGCCGGGCCGGGAGCCACCACCACUGCCUGGACGUGAGGAGCGAGGCGCCGCCCGCCCUGGCGCUCUGCGGGGACGGGCUGCCGGGCGGCGAGGCCGAGGCGCUGCUGCCGGAGCCGGGCUCGCGGGGGACGCGGGGGUGCCGGGCGGAGCUGGGCAGCAUCCUGCUGCUGCUGGUGCUGUACGUGCUGCAGGGCAUCCCGCUGGGGCUGGCGGGCAGCGUCCCCCUCAUCCUGCAGAGCAAGAGCGCCAGCUACACCGACCAGGCCUUCUUCAGCUUCGUCUUCUGGCCCUUCAGCCUCAAGCUGCUCUGGGCCCCCUUGGUGGACGCCGUCUACCUGCGGGGCUUCGGCCGCCGCAAGUCGUGGCUGGUGCCCACGCAGUACGUCCUGGGGCUCUUCAUGAUCUACAUGUCCACCCAGGUGGACUUGCUGCUGGGCGACGGGGAGGGCCGGGGCCCCGACGUGGUGGCCCUCACUGUGACUUUCUUCCUCUUCGAGUUCCUGGCGGCGACGCAGGACAUCGCGGUGGACGGCUGGGCCCUGACCAUGUUGUCCAGGGAGAACGUGGGCUACGCCUCCACCUGCAACUCGGUGGGCCAGACGGCCGGCUACUUCCUGGGCAACGUCCUCUUCCUGGCCCUCGAGUCGGCCUCCUUCUGCAACAAGUACCUGCGGUUCCAGCCCCAGCCCCAAGGGAUCGUGACCCUCUCAGAUUUCCUGUUUUUCUGGGGAGCUGUCUUUUUAAUUACCACUACACUGGUUGCCCUUCUGAAAAAGGAAAACAAGGAACUAACACCAACAAAAGAAGAAACAAAAGGCAUCACUGAUACAUAUAGGCUGCUAUUCUCAAUAAUCAAGAUGCCGGCAGUUCUUAGUUUCUGUCUCUUGAUUCUCACAGCAAAAGUUGGAUUUUCAGCAGCAGAUGCUGUAACAGGACUCAAACUGGUGGAAGAGGGCGUCCCAAAAGAGCACUUAGCUCUGCUAGCGGUUCCAAUGGUUCCUUUACAGAUAAUACUGCCUCUGAUUAUCAGCAAAUACACAGCAGGCCCCCAGCCACUGAACACGUUUUACAAAGCUAUGCCUUUUAGAUUACUGCUUGGUCUGGAAUUUGCUUUUUUGGUAUGGUGGACUCCUAAAGUAAAACAGGAAGGAGGAUUUCCUGUCUACUACUAUGUUGUAGUAUUGUUGAGUUACGCUUUACAUCAGAUCACGCUGUAUAGCAUGUAUGUUGCGAUAAUGGCUUUCAACGCCAAAGUCAGCGAUCCGCUGAUCGGAGGAACCUACAUGACACUCCUAAAUACUGUGUCAAAUCUGGGAGGAAACUGGCCUUCCACCGUCGCCCUCUGGCUUGUGGACCCACUUACGGUGAAAGAGUGUGCAGGGGCCCAGGAACAGACCUGUGGCACUGCAGUUGCUGCAGAACUCUGCACAAAAGCUGGUGGUUCCUGUGUCACUACCUUGGACGGUUACUACGUGGAAUCUGUCAUCUGUGUCAUUCUGGGAUUUGGCUGGUGGUUCCUACUUGGGCCAAAAUUUAAAAAGCUGCAGGACGAAGGACAGUCUUCCUGGAAGUGCAAGAGGACCAAUUGAUGCAGUUUAAAUACUGGAUGGACUAGCAAGGUCAUUUUAGUUUUAUUGCAAAGACAUAUCCCAUAAUCAAUAAACAGGAAUACAGGUAUUUUUAAAUGCCACAUCACUGAAAAAAUGGGUGGCUGAGACGGUGGUAUGUUUGUAUGUGAUACCACUUGCCCUCCCAAUGUGAAAAUGUAAGUUCGGAAAGUAAUUGUUAAAAAAUGGCACCUACGUACUCCAUACAUAUCCCCAAGCUCUAGCUCCAGAGUCAUGGCUGCUGGUGUAACCAAGGUCCAAAUUUCCAUAUAGUAACUAUGGAAAAGCUAAUCGUGCCAUGUCUGUCUAAACAGCAGCCUUGUCAGCUAAGUUCCAACUCUUUAUUUUCAAACAGAAAUGAUUUGUCACGGGGAGUUGACCCGGGGAAGGACGUCAAAGGCAUUUUGACUUGUCGGUUAAGCGUGUUGCACUACGGCAUUCCUUGUGGGAAGAUAAAUGUAAAGUGUCUGUGGGCUUUGUUUCUUCUCACUUUCUGAACUGUAACCACACCUCAAAGGAAGGAACGUUUCAGAGAUUCUUUUAAAUGUAUUUUCUGGCUUUUAUAAGCUUUAAAGAUUUAUAAGAAAUAUUUUUAUAAACGAAUUACAUUUGUUUAAUUUAUUUCCGCUGUUUCAAAGCAUUAUGAUUUACAUUCAAGGUACUUUCUUGAUGAAAAAUUGCUGUAAGGUAGGACUUAAGAGUAACGCACAAUACUCUAAGCCUUGAGUCCUGAAGAUGUAAACUGGACAGUGCAGCAGCUGUCAGGCAAAGACAGGCUUCAAAAGGAGAGGACAUGCAGGCCUUUGGAAGGCGGUUGUUAUUUUGAGGGAAUGAAUUGAUAGUGUUGGUUCCUCGAUGUCACUAAAAUUCGAACAAUUAAUUUCAAAAUAAUUGGCAAAACUGUGACUGUUCCCAGCUAGGGGUAAGAAAAGAUGAUCAGUGCCUUUGAAAGCGAUUUGGUGAUGACAAACUUGCCAAAUUCCCAGUGAGUUGGUGUACAGCUCGCUGUCACAUAAAUCAAACGAGCUAAAUCCUGUGGUAGAGCAGCUACAGAAAUCUAUUACUGAUGCUGCGUAGUGGAAACAUUCCCGCUGCAUUUAUCAAAAAUGACUUCCCUCCUGAGUGCCUUAGUGAUGUACAGCAAGCGUACUGUACGCCUAGAGAGAGGGCACUUGGACGUUGUUGGAUGUAUAUGGUACAUCAUUAUUCAGAAAGAAAACUAUUAAAAAUACCUUUGAAAGGUACAUGA